AUGGUCCACCAAUCUCUCUUGGAUCGAAACUUGUUUACCGGGGAGCUUACUCAAGGAGUCAAAAGCCCAGAUGGUAUCGAAAGACUAGGAGGACUCAGCUUCAGUGAUAUCAGUGAUAGGUAUCAUGCAAGCGACUUCUCUCAGGUUCCGCUUUACGAACGUUGGGACCAAGUGUGGGCAGUCGAGGCACAAUCAAUCACUUGGGAGAACGAAAUCCACUCCAUUCAUGAGGCCUUCUCAAAUCUGACCCUCGCUGGCUUUGAUUCAACCUCAUGGUUUCUUGGGUUUCCUGGAAACUGGACGCGGGAAAUAUACGCGUCAGUGGACCCUGAUUGCGAUUUAAUUUUCUGCUAUGUGGAUUGCCUUGCUAGGAAACAUAUGCCAAACAUUUCCUUUGGCCUAGCUGGUCAACAGCUCACACUGAGCCCCUUCGAAUACAUAUCUGAGAUGAUGACACCUUCUAAGGAGAGAGUAUGCUUCUUCAACUUAUAUACUACGAAAGACCAAUAUCCUGUUGAUGCAAUCGUAGUCGGCACUCUCUUCAUGGAGGCCUUCUUGUUUUUGACUUGGACAAGAAAGAAAAUUGGCAAUUUCUUUGCGGUUGCCACCGCAACUAGUCUCAAGCUGGCUGUUGCAAAUGCCAUUGCACAAUAUAUCUGGCUGAGGCUGCGACAAAAGCAUCACAAACUAGAGACAAUCGACGCUGCGUUUUCGAUGACGAGUGAUAUUCUUCCAUUUUUCCAUGCAGAUCUCUACAGGACAAUGUACCUUGGGGUCGUUCUUGUUGUAUUUAUUUGGAUGAUCCCGAUUGCGACAUUAUUUCCCCCGGCGACACUUUCUGUUGUCCUCGACAGCCAUGCUAAUACGAGCACAUUUGAUGUCCUGCAGCCGUCAAUCUUGAAUCCGGAACCAGUGAACCAAUACGGCAGGGACCUCACUGAGGAGGGAUAUGCCUCAUCAUAUAUGAAAGCCCCCGAAACCUUUGCAACUCUCGUGAAGUCAGUUGCUUAUACCGGUCAAAUCAGUGCUCCACAGGCAAUGCUACCAGACUCGAACUACUCAUAUAAACUCACCACAUACAUUCCACGAUUCAAGUGCUCAAAUGACCCCAGCGGGUCGCACACCAAGAUUCAAGAUGCUGCGCAAGAAUUCCUGUCUAAUCUUUCUACUGUGAUCUCGUUUAACAAAGACUCAUUUUCAUAUGUUAAUAGCCUUUCUGGUGACGAUAAAGACGGAGAUGGAAGAACCGGAGAUGGCCUGCUAUUCUAUCUUGGAUUGGCAACUCUUGGGGGCACGACGUUAGACGAAGCUUAUUUGGAAACCAUAGGUCUUCCACAGACUCAGGUGCUUUUUUCCACCGAUGAAGCACUGUCGACAGGCUCAUCCCUUAUUGACGGCCCUUUGCGGGAAGCGAUCACAGGGUCGGUGAUGAUAGCAAUGUUGACUGGGCCCACCCAAGUCAAAUUCACAAAUUGUGGCAUCUACAAUUCGUCCUUUGAAACAGAAACCUCAUUUGCCAACGGUAUCGGCGUGACAAAUGUCCUGUCUAUCACAGACGUUUCGGAGAUUCGCAAUUUUAGCUCUUCUCUAGGAACACCAACGUCUUACGCUCAUUACUUCCGAGAAAUGGCCGGUCUACUCCUUGGGGUGAUGGUUACCGAAGAUACGGUUAUAGCAGUUGACGACCCGGAUAACGAGAUCUUUCGAAUGUCAAAGUCAACGUCUGUGGCUGAGUCAACCAUCAUCGCAGGUGCCGAUGAGUUUUCGCAACUGUUGCAGUAUCGUGCAGGCUGGAUUGGAGAGGCCAAAAAUAUCAGCAGCGCCUUCAUUGGGGAUAGCAAUGUCACAAAUACCCGGUCCCCACAAAACAAAACGUUCGCCGAGCUAUUUGAGGAAUUGAGUGUCAACGUCUCUCUAAGUCUGAUGAGCACUCCUGCAUUGUGUCGGACUGUGAGUGUUACUGGCGAAGUACGGAAACUCUCCACGAUCUAUCGCUACCAGCCGAUGAAUCUACUCAUAUCCUAUGGCGUGGCAAUAGCUUGCAGUCUAGCCAGUGUCAUCGUUGGAUUCGUCGCUUUUCGACAAAAUCGAGAGAGCUACGACACCAAGGUUUCAACAAUUGGGGCAAUGAUGCAAAAUCCUGAGCUUGCCCGGCUUUUGAGAAGGUCCGCAGAUGAUGUAUCGAGAACCAGAGAAGACAAGGACAUACAAAGUAUUCGACUGAAGCUAGAGACUUACGAUGUUGCAGAUGCAGACGAUAUAUAUCCGGACACCUCUAGUGAGUCUAUGGGUUUACGGAAGAGGAAGUACGUUGGCUUUGUGACGGACUCGGAUCAUUUCAAGUGUUAA